CUCCAAAUGAGUCACGCACCGUAGUUUUUAUAACCGUUUUCUGUGUUUCCCACCACUGUCCCACAGGUAAUGGGUGCAGCCAAUCUGACUGCAGGAAAUACUUUAACACUUAUGACUAAAAAGCCAGCUCACUCCGCAAUUAGGAUGAUAUCAUCUGACGGCUGGCAACCAUUCUAAAGCGGGAUGACAACGUAAACUAGUAAAAGCCUUAAGGGGAAAAAAGGAAGAAAAGCCUUUACCUGGACCGCUUAGCGCUCUUGUACUCUGACCUCACCUGGCUUAUCUCUCAAGCAAAGAAGACUUUCACCGGCAACACACCUGAAUCACUCUUCAAUGCGAGAGGGAGUUUACACUGGAGAGGAUUAGCUACAAAAAAAGGGAUCAAAUGUCCAAGGGCUGAAAAAACGUGCUUACUAGAAAAAGGCUGCUCAGUAAGAUCUUCUGUAGCCGUUGAACAAGCCCCAUCAUGUCGAGGAUCAUUUCGUCAGGGUGUGCAGGUAGACGCUGCCCAUUUUCCUGACAGAGACGUGUGUGCAUUUGUUGGAUUCAAAUAUCUUGUAUUUGCUCAGCAAGACAGCGUUUCCCGAACAAGAUUCUCAUGGCUGAAGUCCUAACACUCCUCCUUGGCCAAACUGACAUGUUUGGAAAGGAAUGCUGUUGUGUCCACGCUCUCCAAUCUCCCGCUGCUACUCAAGUGCCGAUAAAACCUUUACAGGCCAACAAAACCUGUUUGCUGUAGUGGCUUACAAAUGUACAGAAUGGAAUUAUGAGCUUCAUCACUUCCUAAGGAAUCCUUGUCGAACAAAGAAGGAUAAAGGAUUUAAAGACUGAGGAUAUAUAAAAAAAGGAUAGAUAAAAACAUUUAGGUUUCUCUCACAGUAUCUGCCAAGAUGCCCCUCAGAACAUCGUUGCACAGAAAGCCAGCCUCCGGUCGUUGGCCCAACAGGAACACCAAGCGCCGGGAGGUGCUGUCUGUCAACAUGAUCAGCCUCCCACUGGCUGAUUUCCGCCACCUCUCACAUAUUGGCAACGAUUCCCACACAGACAGCUUUGGAGAUCUGUCGUUCUUAAAGAUGGGCCACAAUCUGCUUUUACAGAGCUCCCAGAGCGAGCAGAAUCUCUUCCUGGCCUGCUCUCCCCCGCCAAAGCCCCCUCGUGUGAACCUGGAGGAGGCCGAGGGCUCCGAGAGCCCCGACUGGCAUGUAGGCCGCCUGCACAUGUCCCAGAAAAAAAAGAUAUGCAACUCUAUGCCGCUGCUGGACAAUGAGGACGGGGAAGCAGAGAUGGAAAAGGAGGAUGGGUACAAAAGAGGGAAUAAUGUUUCUCCCAACCUGGCUCACAGCGGUGGACGGGGCAGUCUGAAUUCAGACAGAGAUGAAGACUCCACAGAGACUUUUGACAAAACUGUUGGACUGCAGCAUAAGGAGGAGGACAGUGGCUUUUCUUUCAGCCUCGACCUGGGCCCUUCAAUCCUGGAUGAUGUCCUCCAGGUGAUGGACAAACUCCACAAAUAGACAGCGUAGGAGCCAGGCCGUCAGCUAGGUUUGGAAUAUGGAGAAAAUAUCCAAUUCGGCACCUUUCUAUUGGGAUAUGAUCCGGAUUUUAUGGACAAAACAAUACCCUAAAGCAGUUAUUGUUGAAAUAAAUCUGGAGAUUUCUGAUAAUA